AGGGGAUAUUCAAAUAUCUGCGUAACGUUCAUGAGGAACUGCAAUCAUGAUUCUUGCACUUAUCACUUUUGUGUAUAAGCUAAAAAUAUUCGUCCUUAAGAUCCUCCAGCUGCUUCUAUUAAAGUCUUCCUUGAGUGCCUAUUUUCAGUCUUCCUGGUCUGAUCUUGAAAAAAAUCAUACGAAGUUACCGAAAAUACCACAACAUAUAUCAUUUGUGAUUUUUGAGGAAAUAUUCUCUGCACAAGAUAUUGCAAAUUUGGUAAUAUGGUGCUCAGCGAUCGGUGUUUCGUACCUUUCACUGUCUGAUAUGAAGGGCAAUAUUUUGCAUCUAAGAGAUAGUGUUGAACAGUUUAUCAAAGAAAAAAACUAUUCUGUAAAGAAGAACAAGGAAGCCAAAUCUUCUGUCAUAUACAGUCCUUUGAGUCGUGUACUGUCAAAAAUCACUGUGAACUAUCUUGGUUGUGAUGAUGGAUUUGAUCAGAUAUGUCAGUCUGCACGUUACUUAAGCACAUCUGCCAGUACUCUUACGGAUGAAAAGGUCAACCAAACGAUUGCUGAAUUAACUAAAGUUCCAGAUGUUGACCUCACUAUUCACUGUGGAUUGUCUUCAAGUUUCUCUGGUCUUUUGCCAUGGCAAAGUCGGUUUUCGGAGUUCAUACAAUGUCCUUCUGUGCGAGGCCUUCGGCUGUCUGACUUCCAUCAAAUUGUAUGUCGUUUUGGGAUGGUCAAACAACGCUGGGGUCGUUGAAAAGAUUUCGCGAUUCUUUUCUAUACACAUAGUCAUAAUAAUCACUCUAGUAACAACUGUCAUGUAUUUCUGUUCACUGUUAGACUAUUUCAGACUGCUGUCAGUAAAAACUACUGCUAUGUUAAUAAUGUAUGGUUAGUUCUCUACUUUACUCUAUCAAGUCCUUCAAUUUAUAUAUAUAUAUAUAUAUAUAUAUAUAUAUAUAUAUUUGUAACCUGUACCAUUUUAUACUACUCGUAUUUGUAUGAAAAGAAUAUUGAUGUUAUUUUACUUCCUCUUUUUUCCUCGCACUAAAAUUGUACAGUAUUAUAAUAACUAAACCGAUGGCAAUACUGUUCACAAUUUUCAGUAACUUUUCUCCUCUGUGUUGUUCACUGACUUAAUGAGCAUGUACAUACGAGCUAUAUUUAUCUGACUAGGUUUUUUGUGUUUAUUACUAUUAUUGUUAUUCCAAUUACACUGGUAGCAACAACUUCUUUAAAUAUUAAUAACUUAUUUUAC